CACUAAACUUCUUUCUUCACAGGAAUGGCGUUUGUCUAUCCAAAAUAAAGUACGAGAAAGGAGUCAAAGUGAACGCACUGUCGGUUUAUUAUCGACAGAAACGCCGUUCGACCUUCCCCGAACGAAAGCUACUGUGUGACAAUACUUUUUAUGACUUUCUGCAUCAACAGAGCCCAUUGUAGGUGUUGUGUUUCCUCUCCUACAGGUUUAUUUUAUGUUUCCACUGGAUAUAAAGGGAUCACUCUGUUAUUAAUAAUUAGUGAAACGUUCUCAUGGCCCAAGGCAGUUUCGUCUUGAGAAAUAUGCCAGGUCAAAACGCUGAAGACGGUCUUCCUAAAUACUUGGACUCUGAUUACAGUUUUCAGUCAAACUUGGACUACCUCAAGUGCGUGGAGAGUUUACAAACCAGCACCACCAUUAAGCGAUUAAGCCUUAAGAGGAGGCCCAGAGUGGCCUUGAAUAAUGUUGAACCAACACUCAGUGAUGCUUCAUCAAGCCAGUGGCACUCUGCAGAGUCUCUUUUAUCGAGCAGUGAUGACAGCAGAUUACUGGCCGUGUCUAGCACACGAGGACGACCUCCUCUUCCUCCAUCCCACGGUUCCUCCUUGGAUAACAAAGCCUGCAGGAUUGAAGGUCCUACCACCUCCCACAUGGAGUCAAAGCCUCAGCCUCCUGCAAGAUCUCACAUUUUACAAAAACAAAGUUCUCUGGACGAAAAGAACAUUGUAGAGACCCACAGAUAUUUACAACAGGAGGCAAUGAGCCAGCCUCCACCUCAGCCCCUUCCCAGACGACGACUGGCCAGUUUUGGAGGAGUAAGUUCACCUGGAUCACUCUCCCCUUUCACUGGCCUGGGUGCAUAUAAUCAAAAUAACAAUGGGAACAAGCCUGCUGGCACUAGUGGUGAUAUUCAUGCCCACCUGAGCGCUUCACUGGGCAGUAGAGGCAGCACAGGGAGUCUGAAGUUAAGUCCACAGAGCUCUGGUAGAUCCACCCCAGUUACAAGUCUUGGCUCCAUGCACCUGCAGCAUGUUCGUGAUCAAAUGGUUGUUGCUUUGCAAAGGUUAAAGGAGCUGGAGGAGCAGGUUAAAAUCAUUCCUGUCUUAAAAGUAAAGAUUUCAGUUCUUCAAGAGGAAAAGAGGCUACUUGUUUGUGAGCUUAAGAACCAGAAUGACAGUGAGGAUAUAAAUGUCAGUGUUAGUACUGAAGAGCUUGGAGAUACAGUGCAGAAUGACUGCAUUAACUUCAAAGAGUUCAGGCAACUAACCAAAGAGAUGCAAGCACUGGAAAGGACAAUCAAGGGUGGACAUUUGCAAGGAUUACAUGGAAAAAGUUCUUUACAUAGCAUGUCUACCAGGUCAGUGGCAGUUGGAACUGAUGAAGAUAUAGAUACGAAGUCUAAUCGAAAAAAGGAAAAUAAAUAUGCAUACACUGAACAGGAGGAGAUGAGGUGCAUAGCGACACAGGUUUGUGAAGAUAAUCUUGGCAUUUACACAGAGAGGGAUGCAGAGCUUGAUGCUCAACAACUAAUAAUUGGUUCCUUAAAGGAAAAAAUGUGUUACCUAGAAGCAGAAUUGAAAGAAUCAACUCUCCAGACAGAGAUGAGCCGACUGAAAUUGGAGCUUCAAGCUGCAGGAGCAAGAAACCGAGCUGAUAAAGCAUCCACUGCUACACCAUCUACUGCAAGUACAAGCACUGAGGCCAGACCUCACACCAAAAGCCAGGGAGUGGGUAAUCACAUCGAGCUCCGAGAUGCCAGCACAGGCAUAGAGACAGAGAUGAAGACUGUGGGAGUAUCUUGUUGUAGGUCUGAGUUAAAAAAUGUUAGCAUUGGACCAGAUGUGCCCAUGACCCGCUGGGUGGUCAGAGAGCAAGUAGAGACCAGAGAAAAGAGUGUGGGAGUCCAGGUUUUAACAACUUCACAAGGAGUUGGCCCACAUGUAAAAGUAUGUGACGCAGAAACCAACACAGAGGUGCCAGUGGAGAAUCUGGGAUUUAAGAAAGGAGUGUCUCAGUGUCGCUCAGUGGCUUGCGGAGACUGUUCUGUAAAUGUGAUUGUCUCUGAGACAAAGGAAGUAGUUUCUCAUGGUAUAGCCACAGAUCCGGUCAAAGGCAUAGACCUGGGCAUCAUGGCAGCACCACAAACAGCUUCUCAGCGUACCAACACUGUGUGCAGUUCAGUGUCUCGCUUUACCAAUACUAGACAAGCCUUUAACACAGACUCCAGCACAAAUACUAUCCUCAGCACCCAAGACAAGCACACCAAUACUCCUCAGACUGUUACUAGGACGGUGUCUGUCGGAAAUGUGGUCAGAGAUGUUAAAUGUACCCCAAAGACCCGCACAGUCGGUGUAGGGACCGCCAUUGUUAUAGGAAGUCCCUUAAAGCAGUCACUAAAUACUGUGAGUGUGGCAACCCGGGACACUGGUGUUGGAUUCACAAACAUUUAUGAGAAUUACCUAGUUGGACUGAAAACACGAAACAUGGCGUCCGGACCAUCACAUUUACCUGAUCCCAUAAAGACGAGGAGUGUUGGUGUCGGUGAGGGGAGGAUUUGGGAUUUUUCAAAUACAGCCAGUACACCAAGUCCGGUGACACAGCCGUCGACACAGUCACAGUGGGACCCGGAGCUGAACCAUUAUAUUGAAAAGCUGCAGCGGUUCCUCAGGGAUCAUCAGGACCUGCUCACAGAGGACAGCACUGAGCAGAGAGAGGGUUUUAUCCAGCCACAAUGCAGCCAAGAAACAAAGAGCUCCACCAAAUCCUCCAAUAACAAAGUUGAGACACAUGGAGGAACAGAAGUCCAUCCUUUGGAUUCUUACCCAUCAGCAGCCAACAGAGAAGUCCAGGCCAUGUCUCAACAUUCAGAUGAUCCUUCUAGGUGUGACAAAUCAAAUCAAGGAAUCUGUCAACAGAGUGGUAGUUCAGAUGUAAAAAGAAUGAUACAAAUGUUAGAACAGCAGACGUCGUCAGCUAUGCAAGAUAGGUCAACUAAUGGCAGUGUCCCUCGGGCUGUAAUGAAGAAAAAGAGCAGUGACCAUGGCUGUAGCAACAACAGAAAGAGCAUGAAAUUUAUGAGGGUGACCACAGGAUUGGAACCUGUUAAAUCUCAGGAUCUCUCCGUCACUGACAAGGUUUUCUCUGAGGAAAUGCAAAAAAAAGGAGCCAGCAAUUCAAGGGAACUUCCUCAAGAAGGAGCACAAGCAAGAAAGGGCAGAAGUGGCACCAACAAGGGCCCAAAGGGAUCUGGGAUAUCACAUACACCACAGAGGUUUAAGUUCAGUGAAAAGAUGCUCUCUGCUUGCCAAGCCUUAAAGAUGCACCUGGUGGAUGAUAAAAGUUUAUCCUCUAGAGACCUGCAUGAUUCUCUUCAAACACUCCAACAGGAGUGGUUCUUUGUGUCUAGUCAAAAGGCAGCUGUUCCUGACACUGUGGAGGACUACUUAUCUGCUUUUCGAGUCAUUUCACCAUCAGUGUUGCAACAUAUAGCCAAUAUGGCAGAUGGCAAUGGAAACACAGCGCUUCACUACAGUGUCUCACACUCCAACUUUGGUGUUGUCAAGAAACUGCUUGAUGCAGAGGUGUGUAAUGUGAAUCAGCAGAACAAGGCAGGCUACACACCCAUCAUGCUGGCUGCACUCGCAGCUGUGGAUUCACCAGAGGACAUGAGGGUGGUGAAGGAACUGUUUACAAAAGGAGACGUCAAUGCCAAAGCCAGCCAGGCUGGACAGACCGCUCUGAUGCUGGCUGUGAGCCACGGCAGGAUGGACAUGGUGCAGGCGCUCCUGGCACAGGGCGCACAGGUCAACCUCCAGGACGAUGAGGGCUCCACGGCGUUGAUGUGUGCAAGCGAGCAUGGCCAUGUGGACAUAGUUAAACUUCUGCUGGUCCAGCCGGACUGUGAUGCCACCCUUACCGACAGUGAUGAAAGCACUGCCCUGUCCAUUGCUUUAGAGGCAGGACAUAAUGAGAUCGCGAUGCUCCUUUAUGCACAUGCCAACUUCUCCAAAGGACAAACAGGAGCAGCUGCUCGUCUUUGUGGCAAGUCACUGCCUUCACCUGGUGGAAAAAAUAUCUUUGAAUGAAGUGAUUCAGUCCCUGCAGUAGAACCAGUUCAUCCUGAAGGUGAUAGAGUAUCAAAGCUCCUGUUGCCAUUGUUAUUAAUAUUUUGAAAAGGUUAUUGUCAAACUCACAGUUUGACACCUAGUUAGUCAGGUGUGAUUCAGCAAUUAACAGGUUAAAAGUUAUAAUACAGUAAUGCAUUAGCAUGUGGACAUAGUAUGGUGUUGUACUGUAAAUCAGUUGAGCAUGUAAAAGUAAUCUAUCUUCAUAAUGGAGAAGAAUUCAAUCAAAGUAUAUAACUAUCACAUCAAAUUUAACUUUUCUUGUCAUUUUUUUAUACUUUUUUAGUUAAUAAUAUUAUAAUUGCAUAUUUUAUAGCUGCAAAUACUAUUUAACCAAGAGACAAGUGUAUAAGUAAAGAUGUAAAUAAAGAGAAAACUAAAUAAGUAGCCACAAGGAAAACAUAUGUUGAAACAAUGUUUUUUUUCUACAAAAGUAGCUUUGUAGAGUUGUAUUUUCAUUCUAAUUCUAUUUAGAAAUUGUCCUCUGCACUGUUUGACUGGAAUUAUCAUGAAGCAUGAUUUGUCAUUUUACCAUUACUGGAAACCUGACUGUUUUUGCUGUUCCAUUAACAGCCUUACCUUUAUGAUUCGUAGUGUUUAAACAGACGAAGGCUCAAUAGCUGGAUGUUUCAUUGUCUGUGAAUAAAGUCAC